CCUCCAGGGUAGGGGGCGCGGUCGUUGCUCUGCCGCUGGUUCAGUUCGGUCUAGCGGCUGUAAGAUGGCAGAGGAAGCGGUGCAGAGUUCAGUGGGGCCCGGGGUUUUGCAGGAGAUCUUUACCAGCCCUUUGAACGUGAGCCUGCUGUUCCUGUGUCUGUUCCUCUUGUAUAAGAUCGUGCGCGGGGACCGGCCUCCCGAGGGUGAGCCGGCGGAUCGCCAGGAGGAGCUGCCCCGGCUCCGGAGAGACUUCACUCCGGCCGAGAUGCGGGACUAUGACGGCGACAAAAACCCGCGAAUCCUCAUCGCCGUCAAUGGCAAAGUCUUCGAUGUGACCAAAGGAAAGAAAUUCUACGGACACGAGGGUCCUUAUGGCAUAUUUGCUGGUAGAGAUGCGUCAAGAGGCCUUGCUACAUUCUGCCUGGAUAAGGAGGCAUUGAAGGACGAAUAUGAUGACUUGUCUGAUCUUAAUGCGAUGCAGCUGGAAAGUCUUCAGGAGUGGGAGAUGCAGUUCACUCAGAAGUACUAUUAUGUCGGAAAACUCCUGAAACCGGGAGAGGAGCCCACAGAAUACACGGAUGAAGAAGAUACAAAAGAUGCAAAAGAGGCUAAAGAAUUGAUAAAGGAGUGAAGUUCUGCAGUUUGGAAAGAUCUAUUUUUGUAGAAUUGAUCAAGCAACAACAUUGCAUUGAAAUUUUUGAGUAAGAUUUCUGCGGGGUGGGGAGGGCAUGAUUAUUGCAACUGUUCGGUCUCAUUAGUUUGACAGAUGUUUUGUGGUGAAGCAUGAAGAUUUGUGGAGGGAGGUCCAUCAUUCUGAGAACAGAACUCAGCUCUAAAUAUUGUAAAACUACAAUAACACGACUUGUCCCAACCAAGGCAGAGCUGCUCAGUCUGAUAAUCAAACUAUUCCAUUCAGUCAGGAUAAUUGGAAAAUGUGUAGCCAGUGUUUUCUUUCAUUUAUUUUAUAGAAGAGGGAAAAGGCCUUUGCGCUUUAGAAGCUUGUGGGUGGGACAGCAGGGAAACGAGCAUUCAGCUUGACCAGACCAGCUCAACAUUUCACACGAGCAAAUUGCAUUAAACUACAUUCCCACAGAGCUAACCCAUAUUUCACUUAGGUUGGGCUUGUAGCAAUAUUUUCGGUUCAGACAGAUGUGCAUCACCAAACAAAUUUACAUUGCGUAUGGAUACUGUAGGGUAAGCAGUUAAUAAUUCUGGUCAAUCUUGUUGCUUGCCUCUUGUAAAUGUGACAGAGCCCUGAGCAGAUGCAACGCCUCGGCAAAAGUAUCCAGCAGUAACUGAAUGGGAAUUUACAAAUUCUGAACACUAAAUUGAUGUGGGGGAUCAAUUCAGUUAAAAUCACAUUCCCUUUAAAAUAAUGAGCCUAUGAACCAAACUAUUUUAAUGUGUGUGUUAAAUAAUUCUAGCAGUAACCAAUAAAAAAAACAAGACGUUUGUUUCUGUAGUUUUUCUAGAUGUUGGAAUAAAGUGACCUGUUUCUGUGCCAUUGUAUAAACUCUUGUACAACAGUCGUCACAAAUGGGAUGCUGAUAUGUGACCUCAUGAGAGAAUUGUGCUUUGUAAAAAAAAAAAUUCAAAAUUCUAUGUUUGCAUUAAAUGUAUUCCUAACCAGAUUAAAUGUUGUAUACUAACAAAAUAUGGUAAGUCUGUACUAUACACAUCAGACAAUACUGUGCAGCAUGUGGUUACUUUUGUUGAAAUAAAGAAUGUCACUACUUUGAA